AUGCAGAUUUUCGUCAAGACCCUCACGGGCAAGACGAUUACGCUGGACGUCGAAGCGUCAGACACGAUAGACAACGUCAAGGCCAAGAUCCAGGACAAGGAGGGCAUCCCUCCCGACCAGCAGCGCCUCAUCUUCGCUGGCAAGCAGUUGGAGGAUGGCCGCACGCUUUCUGAUUACAACAUCCAGAAGGAGUCCACCCUCCACCUGGUGCUGCGCCUCCGCGGCGGAGUCAUCGAGCCGUCCCUGGCGGUGCUUGCGCGCAAGUUCAACUGUGAGAAGAUGAUUUGCCGCAAAUGCUAUGCACGCCUCCACGCCCGGGCUGUGAACUGCCGCAAGAAGAAGUGCGGGCACAGCAACCAGCUCCGCCCCAAGAAGAAGCUCAAGUAA